AUGAAAGCGCAGCUAGAGGGGACACAUGUAGAUUGUGCGGAUAGCCCUAGUACAGGUUCAAAACUAGUUCAACUAGGAAUUAACACUGUGACCGGAGUUUACCAAGUCUUCUUGUACUUUACAGUGCCCUUCAAUGAAGAAGCCAGUGUUUCUGCUAGUGUUGAUGUUAAGAAUUCCCUUGUAAAUACCAUUGAUAAAUCUAAUAAAAUGAUUCAAGCUAAGAUAAAGACUUUCAGAAGUGAUAAUGCUUGGGAGUUGGGUACCAGUUCUUCUGGUUCUCUUUUGUUUUCCAAGAAGGUUCCAGCUCUACCUCUGAUCCUAUUUUUUUCCUCUCCACUUCCACUAAGAAGAUCUAGCAAACCUCACGGUGCUCGUGGACACCUUCAGGACUAUGUCCGCACCACCCUUCCUCCUUCUUUAGGCUCUAAGUCUGCAUCCUACAAGGAUGCCAUGAGAAAGGAGUUUGAGGCUUUGAAGGCUAAUAGAACUUGGGAUAUUGUUGAACUACCCCUUGGCAAGAAGCCUAUAGAUUGCAAAUGGGUAUAUAAAGUCAAGUACAAAGCUGAUGGGAGUUUGAAAAGGUAUAAGGCAAGGUUGGUUAUUAGGGGUGAUGCUCAGGUUGAGGGGGUUGAUUUUCAUGAAACCUUUUCUCUUGUUGUCAAAAUGUCUAUCAUGAAGUCUUUAAUUAUUAUAGCUGUUAAACAACACCGGCCUCUGUUUUAA